UCCUGGCCUCCGCCCCUUGUCCAGGCUCCUGCGUAUCGUACUCUUUGACCCGAUCCUGCGAGUCUCCUGCGGAAACCGGACCGGAACGUGAACUUCCACUCGACCGUCGUCCUCUUGACUUCUUGUCCCGCCCCUGCGACCAGAAUUAAAACUCCUCGACUUCGAGAACUUUGUGAGCCAGACGGCGCGAGGACUCUAGCGGCAGCACAGGUGGCAGGAUCGCCCCCUCUCCGAAUAACGCAGUCUGCAGGCUUCCCUCAGAGCAAGUCCUUGGUUCCACCCGUUUGCUUUAACCGUUUGCUUGCUGAGUCAUGCCAGCUACCAUGAAGGGCCAGGUGUGCGUGGUGACUGGUGCCUCCAGGGGUAUUGGCAGGGGCAUCGCUUUGCAGCUCUGCCAAGCAGGUGCCACAGUUUACAUCACUGGCCGCCACCUGGACACGCUGCAGGCCACUGCUCAGGAGGCGCAAUCCCGGGGAGGCCGGUGUGUGCCCGUGGUAUGUGAUUCAAGCCAGGAGAGUGAAGUGCGAAACCUGUUUGAGCAGGUGGAUCGAGAACAGCAAGGACGUCUGGAUGUGCUGGUCAACAAUGCCUAUGCUGGGGUCCAGUCGAUCCUGAACAACUCCAAUAAGUCAUUCUGGGAAAGCCCCGCCUCCAUUUGGGAUGACAUCAACAACGUUGGACUCAGAGGCCAUUACUUGUGUUCAGUGUAUGGGGCUCGGCUGAUGGUACCAGCUGGCCGGGGGCUCAUCGUGAUCAUCUCCUCCAUUGGGGGGCUGCAGUAUCUCUUCAGCGUUCCCUAUGGCGUGGGCAAAGCUGCGUGCGACAGGAUGGCUGCGGACUGUGCUCAGGAGCUGCGGCGCCACGGGGUCAGCUACGUGUCUCUGUGGCCGGGGGUGGUGCAGACAGAGCUGCUGAAGGAGCACAUGAUGAAGGAGGAGAAUGCUUCAGAUCCCCUGAUUAAGCAGUUCAAAUUUCGUUUCUCAUCCGCGGAGACCACAGAAAUGAGUGGCAAGUGUGUGGUGGCGUUGGCAACAGAUCCCAACAUCCUGAGCCUGAGCGGGAAGGUGCUUCCGUCCUGUGACCUCGCACGGCGCUACGGCCUGCAGGAUGUUGAUGGCCGCCCUGUCCAGGAUUAUUUGUCUUUGAGCUCCGCCCUCUCCCAUGUCUCCAGCCUGGGCUGGCUGGCCUCCUAUUUGCCUGGGUUUCUCCGGGUGCCCAAGUGGGUCAUGACCCUCUAUGCUAGCAAGUUCUAACCCUGCUGGCCUCACACAAUUCUUCUUCCCUUUGGGCUGAGUGGUUGGUCUAUCUCAUUUGGAACACAGCCACGUUCCCCGCCUACCUACUGCACACCAUUGAUCUGAAGAGAAGCCUCUGCUGUGUCCUGGUUGAGCCCUGGGGGCCUUUAUAGGUCCUUCUUCAGGCCUUCCUUACCCCUGCAUUUUACUUUUUGUCUGAACACUGAAAAAGGUUCUAGGGGCUAAUAAUAAAGCUCUCAUUUC